AUGAAAAAAAUGUCGUUGAUUAACAAAUUAGUACCAGUUAGAGAUGUGUCUAUUGAUGAAUUUUUAAAUAUAUUUUAUAAAUUAGAACAAAUUUUGUUAGAUAAUUCCGAUUGUGAUUUAAUUAUUUCAUAUAUUGAUCGACUCGCAUUAAAAAUUCAUCCAGCUUAUCAACAUAUUAAAGAUAAACAAUUUUUAAUGUUACUUGAUCUAUUAAAUGAUCUACUCAUUAAAGUAAUGGAUAUUCUUGAAAUUGUUGAUCGAUCAUCAAUCAUAAUUUCACAUUUAAUUUCAUUUGUACAAUAUUUACCUAAAUUUAUUGAAAAUAUUGAUUUAAAUGAAAUUUUUUCAUCAAAUUUAAUACUUGCUGAAGAAAUACUUCAUUUUUAUUUAAAAUUUCUUAAUCAUACACGAAUAAAAAAUUAUUUAGAAUCUAUUGAACAACGAGAAAUAUAUGAUCCAUUAUUAAAUACUAUAUUAAUAAUAAUUUUCUAUUGUUUUCAUCAUAUUGAACAAUUAUCAAUAAAUAUUCUUGAUUCAUCAAAAUCAACAAUUGAAUUAUUUAUUUUCUUUAUUGAUCAAGAUCAUUUACAAUCUGAAACAAGUGAAAAUUUAUUACAUUUAUUAAAAAUUUUACAUCAUAAAUCACAUUUUACUUCAGUAUUUAUUCAAAUGGGUUAUCCUCAAGCAUGUCUUCGAUGGAUUUCUCAAUCAGAUUUAACAUACAAUAAUCAAUAUUAUAUUCUUACUAUUUUAUAUAAUAUUUCUCGACAUAAUAAUGGUACUCAAAUUUUAAAUGAACAAAAUGCAUUAAAAACACUACGUUAUUAUAAAAAUCAAAUUAAUUUAAAAUCAUCAAUAUUAUCUCAAACACAAUAUUGUACUUUAGCCGUUCUUUUUUGCAUGACCUAUGCACUUUUACUUGAACCAGAGGAAUUAAAAAAAUUUAUUAAAUCAUAUUUCAAUAGAAAAUCAUCACAAAAUGAAUUUUUAUGUAAUACAUUUGAUCGUCUAUUUCGAUCAAUAGUUUAUGCGGCUAAUAAUGAAAAAUUUAUGUUCAAUUGUCUUCAUAUAUCUGAACCACUCAUUGUAUUAACAAGAUUAUUUAUAAAUGAUGAAAUUGUUGAUUAUAUUUUAAAACAAGAUCUAGGAACAAACUCAAAUAUUGUCGAAUUUUUUUGUCAAUUAUUAUUUAAAUUUUAUAAUUUAACACGCAAUAGUAAUAAUAAAUGUGAUCAACUAACAUUAUUAUCUCUAUGUAAUCUACUAUGGAGUAUAUCAUUUCAAGAUAAAUAUAAAAAUGAAUUGAAGAAUAAUUCAAUAUUUAUGAAUAUUAUUAAAUUAUUAAUGAAUGAUAAUAUUGAUUUGACCAAACAUGAAUACAUGCCGAGACAUUUAUCAUCAAUUAGAAAAGCAACUGAAGGUUUAUUAUGGAAUCUAGAUGAUAAAUCUUUGCAUGUAGCAACACCGUUAAUUAUUACAGAGCGCUCUCAUCCAUUAGCCAUGAUCAGUUAUUCACAUGCAAAUAUUCUAUUUUGUAAAGAAUUAGUUGAUAAAAUACGUUCUAUGGAACAAUUUGAUAUUUGGGUUGAUUAUCUUAUACAUGAGUCAACAAAUUAUACGACAGUAAUGCAUUCCGAUGAUAUUUGGGAAGAAAUUGCUUAA